AGGAGACUGGCCGCGCGACGUUUACGUCACUUCCCAGGCGGCGAGGAAGUGGGGAGCUCUCGCGAGGUUUGAGGGCGGGCCGCUGGCCAGCGCGCGGUGUCUCUAUGGAGCUUGCGGCCUCCGGGAUGAUCAUGGCGGAUUUUGAUGCGAUCUAUGAAGAAGAGGAAGACGAGGAGCGAGCGCUGGAGGAGCAGCUUCUGAAAUACGUACCCGACCCGGUGGUGGUGCGGGGAUCGGGACACGUCACUGUGUUUGGAUUAAGCAACAAAUUUGAAUCAGAAUUCCCUUCAUCGUUAACAGGAAAGGUUGCACCAGAGGAAUUCAAGGCCAGCAUUAGUCGAGUUAACAGCUGUUUAAAGAAGAAUCUUCCUGUCAACGUGCGAUGGCUGCUGUGUGGGUGCUUGUGCUGUUGUUGUACCUUGGGCUGCAGCAUGUGGCCAGUAAUUUGUCUCAGUAAAAGAACACGAAGAUCGAUCGAGAAGUUAUUAGAAUGGGAAAACAAUAGGUUAUACCACAAGCUGUGCUUGCACUGGAGACUGAGCAAAAGGAAAUGUGAAACCAAUAACAUGAUGGAAUAUGUCAUCUUAAUAGAGUUUUUACCGAAGACGCCAAUAUUUCGACCAGACUAGCAACAGACUUUGUUAUCAGAGACUUGGUUCAAGUGUGUUGUCCUUCCAAUGGUGCCUUGCUUGGUAUUCCUAGUGAGGAUUGUUUGUCUCAGAGAUUCUUAUUAUUGUUAUCCAAUUUUUCAUUCCUUGUUUGUCCAUACAUUUUUGCUCAAAUUAACUUUUUCUAUGUUUCUCAAUUUGCAUUCCAUCUUUCCUUCUUAAUAAUUCACUUAGGAUGUUUAUCUUAUUAUUCCUCUUAUUUGGUUCUCACCACCUUCUUUUAAAAUGCUUCUAAUAGUCAUCAUGAUCCUUGAUGCAGAUUUCCUUUUGCAUACAACAACUUUACAACACUCACCAAAGUAAUGGCUGUACAGUUACUAAAAUAAUCAGUUUGGUAAUAAUGCCUGUGAAUGGUUCCACAUUUUUCUAGAGGCUUUUGAUAAAGGAAUAAAAUUACUAUUUUCUUUAUUAGAAAAAUCAAAUUCUCUCCAUAUUCUCUACGCAGUACCUGCAGAACAAACAGAUGUAGCUUCUUUGUGCUAUGUUGUUCUCUCAUUUCAUUUUAAUGCACCACGUUUUUUCAUUUCUUUCCUUUUUCAAAUUUGAACUUGAGACCAACAGUGCACACACACAGAAACACAUUCUACUACGGCUAUGGAAGUAACAACAUUCAUAUGAAGAAAACAGAAGAAAUAAGGUCAAAUGGCUCUGCCUACAUGU